CAAGUACCCUGUGUAUCAAUAAUUAUUAUUUGUCUAAGAGGUUUGCGUUUGAUUAUCCAAUUUUUGAAGAAGUCGGAGUUGUUGACAGGAUUGCUGGCUGUCCCCGUCUGUCAGAUGAUAUUGACCCUCGAGCGCGAUAAGACUUGACGGCCAUCAUAAAAAGGCAGAGACGCAGCAGAUGUUGUAAUAGGUGCUUAAAGCUGAUAAGGCAUCUACAGCUGUACCGAUGACAGGUGUCUGCUGUUCCUCAAGAGCAGAUACGUGCUAUGAAAUGGCUCAGAGCAUGACUCCAGCUAUUUUCAACCUCACACUUGAACAAACUCCUCCCAGUUAUUGUAAACAUUGAGAGAUACGGUUAAAUAAGGGCAGCAGGGUCAGGCAGGCUGUCCUUCCACAGGGAGAACCAGGAUCUGCUGAUGAAUCCUUACUAGCCUCAGAGGUGCUGUUCAGGAGCUGAUAUCUGACCUUUGACCUCCCUGGACAGGCCCUUAGCAUGGGGUGAUGAGGACUGUCCUCUGCUGACCUCAAUGCAGAUGACCAGUGAUGGACACAGCAUCACCUCGAUAUUUGUUGGAUGACCUAAUAAACACAGGACAACAGCAGCAGGAACAGCAGCAGGAAUUCCUGAGCUCACUGGAGACGAUUAUUCUCACCAUCUUUCUCUCCAUUAUUAUCAUAAUGACAGUGUUUGGCAACCUGCUAGUCAUGGUGGCACUCUGCAAGGACAGACAUCUACGAAAGAAGAAGACAAACUACUUCAUUGUGUCGCUGGCGUUUGCUGACUUGCUGGUUGCGUUGCUGGUGAUGCCAUUCGCUGCGAUCGAGCUGACCACCGGCCAGUGGCGAUACGGAGAGAUCUUCUGCCUGGUCCGAACGUCUCUGGACGUAUUGUUGACUACAGCGUCUAUCCUGCACCUCUGCUGCAUUGCACUGGACAGGUAUUACGCUAUCUGCUGCCAGCCGCUGGUCUACAGACACAAGAUGACCCCAGUCAGAGUGACAGUGAUGCUCAGCGGCUGUUGGCUCAUCCCCAUAUUCAUCUCCUUUCUACCCAUCAUGCAAAGCUGGAAUGCCAUUGGCAUCGAGGACAUUAUUGAGGAAAGGCACGUUUUAGCAGGAGGCUCCAACGAUACAAGCUGUGUGUUUCUGGUCAACCGGCCGUACGCCCUGAUCUGCUCUGCGGUGGCCUUCUACGUCCCGUUGGCCCUCAUGGUCCUGGCCUACCAGCGGAUCUACGUCACCGCCAUGACCCAUGUGCGGCAGAUUGAGACACUACAGCGAGCGGGCUCCGCUCCCGUCAGCGGGCCGGCUCCGGUGAUUACCGUGAGGUCCUCCACUUCCUCAGAUCCAUCAGAGCACUACCGUCUAAGGACAACAAGGGGCCCCUCUGCCCCAGAGCAGGCGCCCAUAGCAAAUAGCCGCAUGCGCGUUGAAACUAAGGCAGCAAAGACGCUGGCGGUUAUAAUGGGUUGUUUCUGCCUAUGCUGGGCGCCGUUUUUCAUAACCAACGUGGUGGACCCCUUCAUCCAUUACUCAGUGCCCUGGCAGUUGUGGACUGCCUGGCUGUGGCUCGGGUACAUUAAUUCAGGGUUGAACCCCUUCCUGUACGCCUUUCUGAACCGAGCGUUUCGGAGGGCGUUUCUGGUGAUCCUGUGCUGUGGGGAUGAGCGUUACACACGGCAGGGGAGCUGCUCUUAUGUACACGUCCACAGAGCGUGCUCGGCUGCGUCGGUUAAUGGGACGUCUAUGGCACUGAGAUUGUCCUUCCUGCCCAACCGGAGCAACAGCGACAACGGGCGCACGAUACUGGCCAACGAGCAGGAGUCCCAGGACUCUCUUGGAACUCUCUGAGGACAGAGCUGGGACCUCAUCAGAUCUGCCUCUCAGUGAAACAAUGAAACAUAUGGGUGCAGAACUAAAGUACUAGUUGAAUAGUACUGGUAUCCAUGGUCCAAAACACAGUCCCAAUAUGUUUCCAGGUUGUCGUUCUAAAACCCAGAAGAACUGUUCUUCUCAGUCGAACCUCUGAAUCACAGGGUGUGAAGAUUGAGUCAGCGGACCAGAAAACUACAGCAGACUACAAGACAAACUUUGGCUAAGAUGAUGGCUUCUUAACCUCUAUGAUGACAUCCCAUUAGAGUUUCAACAGCGUUAACUGCCAGCUGGCUAUACAGGUUGAUUGUAGGUGUCAUUAGGUUAAAGUCAACUUUAUUGUGCUGCAGUUUGUAUUGUCUUUUACCAGCAUGGACGGCACUCUGAAACUAAUGAAUGUCAAAAGUUGACAUUUUUGUUCAUAACUUUCGUUUCAUAUACCAUUUUGAAAUAGCUGUAAGCAAAACACCAAAGGCCGAGGAUGUUAAAACAGAAAUGGAUGACUUCACAGUAGUUUGUGAUGAAAUACUGCAUCAUGAAAACAGUUGUAUCAUUAUUGACCAUUAUGGUGAAAUACCUGCCUAAAUAUUGUUGCACUUACCUCUGUGGGUUGAAAGUUUAAAAUGUGUUGCAUCUCUGUCUAAACCCAACAGUGACGUGGUGUCGGUUUGUUAGUGCGGCUGUACAUCACUGCAGCGAGUUGAAAGCUUGAUUGCCAGUAUUAAAAUCUAGCAGGGGUGUCAAACUCAUUUUAGUUCAGGGGCCACAUACAGCACAAUUUGAUCUUAAGUGGGCCGGACCAGUAACAUCAGAGCAUAAUAACCUAUAAAUAACGACAAUGUU